GUACAGCAAUGCCGUGCCGAGCCGCAUCCGCUAGACCCUUAUCAGUGCGAGGGCACGGCCUACGUCAGCUUCCGCGACAAAGCUACCGCUCUGAAGGCUCUUCGAGCGCCGCUCAAGUUCCCGGCGUCCCUGCACGACAAGGUUGUCAGCAUGCGGCACCUCGACACAGACAAGACCAACGAUCCGCAGUAUCUCGUGAAGGCGAAGUUCUUCAACCGGCAGUUGCUCUACAUCGCGCGGCAGCUCCAUGUCCAGCUUCUGGCAGAUCCGCAUCUGCGAGGCCUCGGCAAGCCACUGGCGAGCGUGGGUUCCGGUAUUUGGGAGCUUGAGGCCCUGGAGCUAUCCGAGCCUGUUUUCGCCGACCCGGCUGGGGCGGAAGCGGCGGCAUUCCGUGCCCCCCAGGGCCGAGGCGGCGUGCCAAUGCCCCAGAAAACCUUCGGAGUUCUGACGCGGCAAGUGCCUGCCGAGGAGGCCGUCCUGAAGCGCUUUGGGAGUUGGGCCGAAUUUCUGGGGCAGCCGCCCCUGGACGAGCUCUUCGCGCUCGAGCUGCGGAG